CGGGAUCACUGGCAAGAAGUUAAGAACAUGCUCGUGUCCGUAUAUUAGUCUCCUUCACACCCUAAUUAAUCGUUCUUUUUACCCAAGCAUUAGCCCCGCAUUGUAAUCAUGAGUAAAUUAUCGAGAGAGACAGUAGAGAACGCCUUGGAGGAGCUCUUAAAGGAGUCCACCGACAAGAAGCGUAACUUCCGUGAGACCAUUGAGCUUCAGAUCGGCCUCAAGAAUUACGACCCCCAGCGUGACAAACGUUUCUCCGGAACUGUCAAGCUUCCCAACAUCCCUCGCCCUGGAAUGAAGAUCUGCAUUCUUGGAGAUGCUGCCCAUUGCGAUAAGGCGAAAGAGAACGGUAUCCCCCACAUGUCUGUUGAGGAUCUUAAGAAGCUUAACAAGAACAAGAAGCUCGUGAAGAAGCUUGCCAAGUCCCACGAUGCUUUCCUUGCAUCCGAGUCUCUGAUCAAGCAGAUUCCUCGUCUAUUGGGUCCAGGUCUUAACAAGGCCGGUAAGUUCCCCACCCUUCUUCUGGCCAAUGAUGAUAUCGUAGCCAAGGUUGAUGAUGUCAAGUCGACCAUCAAGUUCCAGAUGAAGAAGGUGCUUUGUCUUGGUGUGGCUAUUGGUCACGUUGAGAUGGACAAGGAGGAUGUUGUACAGAACAUCUUCUUGGCUGUCAACUUCUUGCUGUCUCUGCUUAAGAAGAAUUGGCAGAACAUCAAAUCUCUUAACAUUAAGAGUACCAUGGGUAACGUCAAGCGUCUGUAUUAAGCGACCAACUUUUAUAGAGUUAAAAGUCGCUUAGACACGCGGUUUCGCUGGGAUCGUGCUGUGCUGACUCUGUCCUUCUUGUAGCCAUAGACGGCACGUGUAUGUAGUUAUUAUUACAUGCGUGUACGUAUAUGUAUGCAAGCAUGUAGCCAAAUCCUUCAUUACUCGAGGGUGGGGUUGUAUGUGAGCAGAGUUGGUGCGCGUGCCUUAUUCCAUGUGGAAAUCUUGUACUAUAAAUACGCGAGUACCAUUGCACUCCGUUGGGUGACCGCGGUUGUGUAUAUGGGAGCGGGGCUUUGAGUUAAAUAAAGGACGUCUCCUUAUUACCACUAUUAA